AUGGCAAAUGGCGAAGCAUCCUCUUCGCGGGGCACCAAGCGACAACUCAUACCAGGAGAAAGCUCUCGAAAGCGCCAAAAAGUUCAGGCAGAGAAACCAGGAGACGAUUCAGGGCUGGGGGAGGAGCUACCCGACAAUCUCAUCCAGAAAUCGACCUCAUCGAGGCAGGGGGAAGAUAGCAACGACUCGGAGUCGAUUCCCAUUUCCACUGGGGCUGACUCCUACAUCGCACCCACAUCGUCAAGACCAGCACCAGAGCCACCCCAACCACUGUCAACCUACACCUGCCCGAUCUGCUUCUGCGCACCGACAAAUGCAACGUUGACGCCAUGCGGCCAUGUCUGCUGCGGUUCUUGUCUUUUUACUGCGAUAAAGACGAUGAUGCAACGCGGCGCUUUAAUCCCUGGCUCGCUCGAGGCGAGAUGUCCGGUAUGCCGUGCAGAGAUUCCGGGCUGGGACGGGAAAGGCGGUGGUGUUGUGGGGCUCCAGACUCGUUUCGUCAUGAGUGUAUGA